AUGUCAGCUUCAUAUAUAUCUUCGCUUAAUUUUAUUGCUCAACAAAUGACUAUUUAUUUGGGUAUACCAAUUCUUAUUAGUGGUUUAAUUGGUAGUUUAAUCAAUGUCAUUGUUUUUCUUAGUCUGCAAACAUUUCGACAAAAUUCUUGUGCAUUUUAUUUAACUAUUAUGUCUAUCGUUAAUAUUGGUCAUUUAUCAACUGGAUUAUUAACACGAAUUCUAAUUAGUGGCUUUAAUAUAGAUCCAACACAAACAUCAGUAUUUUAUUGUAAAUUUCGUGCAUAUUUCGUUCAAGUAUGUAUUUCAAUGUCAUUAACAUGUAUGUGUUUCGCAACAAUUGAUCAAUUUUUAGCAACUUGUCAUUCUCAACGUUGGCAACAAUGGAGUCAUAUUAAAGUAGCUCAUCGUUUAAUUAUUGGAUCACUUAUUAUUUGGCUUUUACAUGGAAUUCCAUAUUGGAUUUAUUACAAUCUAGUGACAUCAGUUACAACAAGUCAAAAUACAUGUAUUAGUACAAAUUAUAUAUUUCAACUAUAUAAUAUAGGUGUUUAUUCAAUUAUAUUAAAUGGUUUGUUACCUAUUUUUAUCAGUAUUUUAUUUGGAUUGUUAGCAUAUCGAAAUGUUCAUGAUUUAUCUUAUCGCACAAUACCACUCGUAAGACGUGAAUUAGACAAACAAUUAACAGUUAUAGUUCUUAUUCAAGUUAUUUCAAAUUUUAUAACUGCAAUGCCAUAUGCUAUUACAAAUAUUCUUACAUUAAAUGCAACUAUAAUGAAUGAUGUAGUUAAUUUGGCUAAAUUAAGAUUUAUUACUGUUAUGACUAUUUGUAUUUUAUAUUUAAAUUUUGCAGUAAGCGAUAGAAUAUCAUGA